AUGGCCCUCUGCUGGGGCAUGGAAAUAUGUGUCUUCCACGCCCUUGGUGUACGACUCGUCACAAACCCCCAGGUAGUACAACUAGCCAAGAACGCAAAAUUCGAUAGCCUCUUUAUCGAUCUGGAACACUCAACACUGUCUCUCGACGACGCCGGCAAGCUAUGUAGCGCUGGUCUUGCUCUCGGCAUAACGCCAUUUGUACGGGUGCCACAUCAAUGCGGCAAUGGAUUCGUCCAGAAAGUCCUCGACGCAGGUGCCAUGGGGAUAAUAUUUCCUCAUGUACAGAACGAAGAUGAAGCAAAGGCAGCUGUGGCCAUAUCGAAAUAUCCCCCUCAAGGCUGUCGCUCAAUCACCGGCCUACUGCCCGCCUUCUCCCUCAAGCCCUACCCUCAAGCCGAUGUGAUCCGGGAGACCAACGAGCACGCGUCGACAGUUUUCGUCAUGAUAGAAAACGAGUGUGCGGUCCAGAAGGUAGAAGAGAUUGCAGCCGUGAACGGAGUCGACGUUGUGCUCGUUGGGUCCAACGACUUGGCCAUCGAGCUCGGUGCCCCUGCUGAUUUUCGCAGCGACAGAUUUCGCCAGGCUUUGAUGCGCGUGAGCGAAGCGUGCAGGAAGUAUGGAAAGGUCAUGGGUCUUGCCGGUAUCUAUGAUACGCCGGAUAUUCAAGAUUGGGCUAUGAACACAUUGGGUGUCCGGUUUAUGCUAUGCCAGCAGGACUCAGGAUUGAUUGCGGGUGCUGCAGCGAAAUGUUUGGCUGCUGUAGAAAUAGUUGAGAAUGCCCCUUCGUCAAAGUCGAUGAAUGGGUCAUCCUAG